GGAGGAGGCGACGCUUCGCGGCCGUAUCGGGCAUCCUAUUUGACAGUUGCGUUUGGGAAUUUGUUGAGUAGUCGAGUUUACCGAAGAAGAAGCGGUGCAGAGGUGUAAGGAAAAAAAGAAUAGAGAGAGAAGAGAGAGUGAGCAAGUAGUGUUGGUUUGAGUGGUGCGAAGGAAACGGUGAACGGUUUCGACUAUUGAUAGGAGGUAGAGAUAGCAGUGUUGAAAACAAAGUGUGCGGCGACCAACGUUUGUGUGCUCUUCUAGUGUUUCACAGUGUCUCAUUCAUCUUCUCCUGCUGGACACGAUCGGAACGGUGGAGUGGAGUGUGUGGAGAGUAUCAAACGACGGUUUGUUGGGACCCGGUGAUCGAGGAGAAGGAGCCGAGGCGGCUGCUGCUGCUGCUGCUGUCGCGGAGGAAGGUAGGACGACGAUCGACGUCGUCUUCUUCGACGAGGUGGAGCUGUGGAGUAGCAGCAGGAGUAAGAGGACGACUUGCGCUCUCCUCAACAUUAACGUCGUCGUCGUCGUCAACAUCGCCGAAGCUUCGGUGCGACAUUCCUGGAAACUAUGAAGAGACGAAAUGCGGAAGUGGGUAAAAUGAGGAGGCCCAUGAAGAAGAACAAAAUCAGCGAGGGAUUCUACGGAAGUACGCUGUUGUACCUGAAGUUCCUGGUGCUUUGGGCGCUUGUCAUCCUUGCAGACUUCAUCCUCGAGUUCCGUUUCGAGUUCCUAUGGCCGUUCUAUCUGCUGCUCAGAUCCGUGUACGACUCUUUCAAGUAUCAGGGUCUCGCAUUUUCCGUGUUCUUCGUGUGCAUCGCCCUCACCUCUGACAUGCUGUGCUUCUUUUUCAUACCUGUCCAUUGGCUCUUCUUCGUCGCUAGCACUUACGUAUGGGUGCAGUACGUGUGGCACACGGACAAAGGAAUCUGCGCACCGACGAUCGUCCUCUGGAUACUGUUCGUCUAUCUGGAGGCGGCAGUCCGGUUGCGCGACGUCAAACACAUGCCGGGUCUUUUGGAUCUGUGCCGCCCAUUCGCCGCCCACUGCAUUGGUUACCCGGUGGUCACACUGGGAUUCGGCUUCAAGUCGUACGUGGGCUUCCGGAUACGGCAGCGGAAGCAGCGAGACGUCGCCAAGGAGAACGAGUUCUAUCUGCAACUGAUGCAGCAGGCGCUGCCCGUCGACACGUCCACCACCACGACGGGGACGACGGCGGCGGCGGCGGCGCCCACCGCAACCGCUGCUGCAGGCGCUGUCACAGCGGCGGUCAACCACGCGAACGUUACUGCUGCCACCACCGCAACGACGCUCACCACCGCGACGGCGUCGUUGCAGGUAUCGCACGAGUCGUCGGCCUCGACGUCGCCACAUCCGGUCACACCGACAGCGACGGCCUCCAACAAUAAUAACAACAACAACAAUAGCACGUCCGUUUCCUCCUCAUCGUCGUCGUCGUCAUCCAACAAGCAAACGGGGAAGCAGCAUAACGAGCGGAACGGUCAUCUGCCCAACGGAGGGUUACCAAACGGCGUACAAAAGUCGCAUAGAAAGGCGAACGCCGCUGCUGCAGCUGCUGCGGCGGCGGCUGCAGCGGAGAAGACGCCAAGGGACGUGGAGCAUAGCAGGAACGGUGCAGCGAUAGGUGCAGGUGCGGAAGAAGCUCAGCAGACGACGCAGGAGACGCCCGAACCAAUCAGACAGCCGAGCUCGACGAGUCGCAGGAAAGAGAAGAAGGAGCAGGAUAAGGAGCGCGAGAAUGCGGAAUAUCUGCAGCGACUCGAAACGGAGUCGAAGAAGCUUCGCAAUGACCUCACACACAGUCGCGCCAGCGAACAGGAACUCAGACUCCAAGUUGCUUCCUUGACGACAAUGGAGAAGGUGUCGCGCGGCGAGUUGCUGACGAUGCAUCGCGAAGUCGACGAGCUUCAGAACAAGCUGCAGAGCUGCAACAGCAUAAAGGCACAAGACAAACAGACAAUCGGUAAUCUGGAGAGGAGGAUAACGGAGGAGAGACGCGCCCGAACGUUCGCCGAGAGUCAGCUGCAGCAGGAGCGCAAGACCAGAAAACACGAGGAGGUCAGAGCGGCGCAGGUGGCCGCGCAGAACGUGAGGGGCGAAUGCACGGACGCGUGCAGACAGCGGAGACGCGAUCUCGAAGGAGAGAUGUCCAAUUUAAAGACGAACCAGGUGUGGAACGAGGAACGGAUCGCACUUCUGGAGCGCGAGAACGGCAACCUGAGCGAGCAGCUGCGAGACACGGAGAGGUUCGUCUCGGCGCUGAACGCGUUGCAGGAGACGAACGUUCACCUGGAGAACUCGCUUUCGGCGGAAACUCGCAUCAAGUUGGACCUCUUCAGCGCACUAGGCGAGGCCAAACGUCAGCUCGAGAUCAAAGAAAGUUGUCUGAAGGGGCAAGAGAAAGAGAUCAAAGAGCUGAAGAGCAAAAUCGCGCAGGUUCUGGCCGUGAUGCCGAACGACACGUUCGGCAGUCCGACGCCGAGCAGCACGAUAUCGCGGGUCCGAUUGGCCGAGAGUCCACCGGGAUCGACGCUCGACCCGAACGCCACGGCCUACACACCCAAGGGCUCCAUGGUCGCAGCAUCCACGGAGGCAUGAUACGUAAUCAGACAUACUAAACGAUUUUAACACAAACCCAACAACCAACACCGCCACCACCAACAACUACAGCUACAGCAGCAACAACAACAACAAAACCUUCCACCAAC